AUGAACGAAAAAGUUGACAUAAAUAAUAUCAUAGAAGUGUCUAAUACCAAGCAUACCAAGAAAAGAGAAGAUGGGCAUGAGUCAGAUGAAGAUGAAGAUGAGACACAUCAUGUUAAGCCUAUCAAUGAGGAGGAAAAAAAGUAUAGAGACAAUGUAAUAGAUGAUCUCUACGGUUCGAUAUCAAGUGAAGAUGAAGAUGAUGAGGAAGCAUAGAAUGAUCUUGAUCAGUAGAUUGAGGAAGAAGCAAAGCAAAAGGAACAAUAAUUGAAGUAGGAAUAGGAGAGUAAAUAAGGUCUUAAAAUCAAUCCUUAAGUUGUGAUGGAGAAGGUGAAUUAAGUGUUUGAGAUUGCAAAGAAUAAGUAUCAAUAAGAUGUCAAUACUGAUAAGGUUAAAGUGAUGUUCAAUACUGCUUACUCAAAGUUUAACACAAUAGUUGAAAAAAACAAAGUAAAUCUGCCUUAAUUUGAUCAACUUUUGAAAGAGCAGCCUAUUUAAAGAUCUACUUUGGACAACUAUCUAAAGAAGCAGUAGGACAAGUCUACUGCAAAUACUUCUAUUAAUAGUCAGGGAUCAAGCUCGACAAUUUAGAAGUAAAAAUCAUUGCACUUCAAAAUUGGAGAGGAGAGUAUACCUACUUGCUCUUAGAAUGAGCAUGAUACAGUUGAGGGAGAAGAAUUUAGUGAUUCAGAGGAGUAGCAGCAAUAAUAGUAGACUUAGGAAUAAAUACCUAUUGAAAAUAAGGAAAUAUAAAAAUAAGAAAUAUAGGAGAAUCAAGAAGAGGAAUAGAAGGAAUCAGUUGUAACUAAUGCUAAUCUUGACGGUCAAGACUUGAGUAAGGGGAAAUAAUUUGAUGUCACUAGAAUGAGGCUAUUCUAGGCUAGAAAAGAGCCCAAACGCGGCAAUAUUCUUAAAUCGAUGGUAGUGUCUCAUGAGACAAGGCAUUUAAGUUUAGUAAAUGGGCAUCUCUAUGUAUUCCAGUUGAUACCAUAAAAUACUGCUGCCCAGUAAAUAAAAGAUUAGAUUAAGGAUAUAAACACUCAAUAGAUCAAGAAGAUGGCGACUAGUUGGUUCUAAAAAUCUAAGGAGAAGCUAAUCAAUUUGAAAAAUAAUGGUCUUCAAGGUCUUUAAUAAACAAAUCAAACUAUUGAAACCUCUAACCAAACUAUACAAAGCGAAGGAUAAUAGCAGCCAUAGAAUAAGCUUGCAUUAUUGAAGAGUGAGACAAAUUUAGAGAGGCUGUAUAUGAUAGAUGUUUUAGAGAGGGGUAAAAAGGAAAUCGAAAUCAUAAUGCAUUUCGUUAAUAAGUAAUACAACCCAAUGAUGAGUCCAGAUAUCAAGCGCUACCGAAUGAAUAUAGAUGCAGAUACCCAACAAUUUUUAGUUUCAUUCCAGAGAGAAGUUGAGAAAAAUAGCAAGUUUUACUUGAAAGUAGCUUAGGAUAUGCAUAACUUCAAGAAUCAAUGA